GGCAGUUUUCUAUGCGCGCGAGGCCACGUGGUGAGUCUAAACCCAACACUGGGAGCACGAGCCCUCAGUUCAGAGUCGGCGGUCGAUCAACGGUGUCCCUCCAGCGAGCUGCAACACCUCACUCUGCUGGCGAGGGAUUACUGUACUCUAGCUCGUUCUUUCUUGACCUUUCCCAUUACUUCAAGAUAUCUAAUACACCUUUCACUGGUCAGGGUGUAAGCAAAUCGAAGUUGAAAAGUGAAGUUGGUCGAACCCUUAGUGACUUAAUACAAGUGUUAAAUUUUUCUAAGAAAAUAACAGGAAAACACACAGUCACGUGAUAUUUUCCUCCUCAUGGUGAUCUAAGGGUACUCAAACAAUUUUGUGUCAUUUAUACUGUCGUAAUGGCACCCAACGUUCCAGUGCCUCAAAGAGGCGCCUGGAAGGACAGUGAAGAGUCCAGCCGGGAAGCGGUGAUGGUGUCUCCUGUUCCAGAAGUUUUCCUUCCACACCUCCCGCAACACUUUCAGGACCCAGACAGCCCUAACCUCCACAUCCUGCAACGUCACGACUCCAGCAGAAGUACACAAAAGCCUACGACGAGAAGUCAGACAGCAAGAUCAACUCUCAGAGCACUAAGAAUACCUACUGGAGCCCCUGUCAGUGACCACAGUGACGCUAGUUUUCAUCCUACAAGAGUUAGUGUGCUAGAAGACUUAUUGAAGAAUGACAGAAGAAACACUGACAGCACACAUCUUCGCCCACAAGUUACUGCUCGUCCUCAGCAGGAAACCACGACGGUAUCUACAGGAGGACCUUUCCUAUCCAAUGGAGGUUCCAACAUACCUGAUGCUCUACGUCCCCCUCCUUCUAUAUCUCCCAGCGGCACAGUGGUGGGCCCCACUCACAGUCACAACUUCAAACCUAUGACGGGUAUCACCGAGGGCAGCAUGGUGGCUACUCGCAGCGGAGGAGAGGUGCCAUCGAUGACCACAACAAGGAGACCAACCACCACCACCACUCCGAGUAAAAAAAUAGACCCAGGAUUUCUGAAACUGCCUGGCCAUGAGCCCGAAGCUCCCGCCGAUAUCGUCCUCACCCAUCAUGACAGAGUCAUCGACACACGCAACCAAAGCGGUUUGAACGGGAUAUUUGUCAAAGACGAGUCAACUGACGUCACUCCAGAAGCGGCCACGGCGCUCAUCCUGGUGGGCAUUUGCAUCGUGUUCCUCGUCUUCAUCUGCUUCAUCCUCUUCGUCCAGAAGAUUCGGCGCCAGAAGCUCCAGAAGAAAGUGGCACAGUCUGGCGAACCUGUCAAGCCCCAGACGACCUACGAAGCGACGAGCUCGACGCCGCACCCUCAUCCCCUGUCACUGCUGCCCCCGGCCCUUCUGCACGCCCUUGCUCUCGCUACGGCACACAGAAACGAUGACCCUGCCUUUUCUUCUUUCCUCACCAUGGAGCCGCCCUCCAAGUCCAAUAAUAGUCUGGGGUGUCUAUGGUUCUCCGUCUACUACGACUACGUGCAGUCCAAGCUGGUGCUGCGGGUGCUGCAUGCCAGGUACCCCAAAGGGCGCGGCUCAAGCACCAACCCCGGGGACGUGUGGGUGGAGGCGUGUGUGCUCACCUCUAUGAAUACCAUCAUGGCCUCCACCAAGACAGGCACCCGCAGGGCAUCCUCGGCGCCGGUCUUCAAUCAGACGUUCAUGUUUGAAAUUGACGAUGACGAGGUGACCCAAUACCUGCUGCGCCUUACCAUGUACGACCGCCACCCACAGAACGGGGAGAAGGCCGUGGGCGCUGUCAUAGUCCCGCUAAGCACCGUCGACCUUUGCUCCGACGCCACACUGUCCAGAGACCUCCAGUGACCCCCGCACCGUCAAGCAUGAGUGCCGAUUACAUACUCGCGGUGCAAAGCUUAGUGGUGUAGAGGUGCCGACUCCACCGUGGCCACCGCCCAUGUUACCUGGCACCACCUGCGGCAUUUGAUUCUUUGAUUCAUACCACAAUGCAUUUUGGGGCCGAUUUGCCCAUGAGACUACUAUUUAAAAGCGGAAAGAGGCUUUGGGGACCUGAACGAACUUGGCAGUAGCUUUGUCUUGACAUGUGAUACUAUGAGACGUGAUGCAGGUAUACUUGAAGCAGGGAGCUUGGUCGGCCCCUGUGUUGUCUUUCACUUACUGUAACAACAGAUAAGUAUUCUUUACUAGUCUCUUGGAGGGUCAGAUAGCCUUGUCCCUGCUUCCUGACCACUAUAAAUAAAUAGGGAGCCCAGACAAGAAGUAAGAUAAUAGUGCAAUAUUGUUUGAACUUUCUGCUCUUCAUUAGAUGACUAUGAGUAUGUAUGCCGGCAUUUGCAAAUCCAACACAGGAGCUUGCCUUUUCACAGACCCAAAGAAUUCAGAAGUUCCCUGUGAAAAUAUGUUACUAUUUAACCGUAUGCGAGUCAUAUAUACAUAUAUAUAUGCUAUAAUAAUAUUUGUACAUAUUGAUGAUAAUAUAUAGUUAUAUAUCAUGAGGAUUAGCUUGACGGUGAGAGCACACACUUCACCGGCCGUUAAUCACUUUACUAGCUGCUUUCCACAACGUCUUUCACGGCAGUAUUAGGUCACUGUGUUGGUGUUAGUGUUAGUAUUAGUGUGUGUGUGUGUGUGUGUGUGUGUGUGUGUGUGUGUGUGUGUGUGUGUGUGUGUGUGUGUGUGUGUGUGUGUGUGUGUGUGUGUGUGUGUGUGUGUGUGU